CCUCUUAGGUUUGUUUUUGUUGUUUACCCARAGUUUUCCGUAUUAACCUAAAAAACGCUUGAUYSGUGUGGUGCACGUUUGGUGCUUAAAUUUAGUGAAUACUAUACUAAUCUCCGAUUCUUCCGGUGAGAGCCCCAAUUAUUCCUUGGUCGUUUCUUGCAUUGCAUGUUCUUUUCACGUCUCGCAUUAAUUGCUUGAUCCUUUCCAGACCGGUUCUGAAGACUCUUGACUACAUCACCAAAAAUGGCUUUUGUUCUGGAUGCUGUUGGGGAUCGUCCAGAUGAUGCCCCAAACAAUCAGUUGUUCUCUUUGAACAAUGAUAGUUCGACAAUUGCAAAGCCUUCCUCAGUGGAGGUGAGAAGAAAAUUGAGAGACGCAAUCUUUUCCUUCUCAGAUUCUACUGAGGGAUUAGCAGAGUACAAGAAGCGUCUCUUUGAACUGAAUGGCAACACAAGCCCGGCUCAAAGUCACGCAAACGUGCCUAAAAAACAUAAACUAGUGAAGCCUUUGAUUCCGGAGACUUCGUUCGRGAUGAAAAAAGAUGAAAAUGCGCACAGUUACAGAAUCAAAAAACAGUUACAGUCUGAGGUGCAAAAAGCGCUAAGCAAAGCGGUUGUUACGCCCGACUUUGAGCAGCUGGCAUCUGUGCAUUCAUACGAGGUCUCAAAGAGGAAACUUCUGCGAGAGAGAAAGAAGGAAAAGGACAAGACCAAAGGCACUGGUUGGUUUGGAAUGCCAGCUACAGAAAUGACCGAUGAAGUCAAGAAUGACUAGGAAAUUGUACAAAUGAGAUCCGUCUUGGAUCCUAAACAUUUUUACAAGAAAAACGACUUGAAGGUUCUGCCAAAAUAUUUCCAGGUAGGGCUUUAUUUAGUUAUUGAUCAAUUCUAAUCGAGAAAACUUAACCAAGCGCU